AUGUUUUUCACAGAAGUCCAGCCUGCAUAUAUAUCAGAGACCUCACAUCAGGAAAAAGCUACAUGUCUGUCCUGA